AUGUCGAAGAUCUAUCGCUCUUUGUAUCCUGAUCUGCAGCUUGAAACAGUCGACCUAGUCUCAUACCUUUUCUCCAACCCUCUUAAUUCGCCAGCAGAAAAGCCAUUGUUUAUUGACGCUCUCUCGGGUAAACAAUAUACGCACGAACAAGUCCUCCAGCGCAUCCGAUCUCUAGCAGGUGGUCUUCAGAAAAACUUUGGCCUGCGACGUGAUGACGUGGUCACACUGUUCAGUCCGAACUCAAUUGAGUAUCCGAUUGCCUGUCAUGCAGUUAUUGGAUCUGGGGCUAUUGUUUCUCCGACAAGUGCAGCUUUGUCGAGUCUAGAACUCAAUGCUCAGCUCAAGACAAGUGGAGCCAAAUUCAUGAUUGUGCAUUCUUCUUUGUUGGAGACGGCGCGAAAGGCUGCAAAGGGUACUUCUGUUGAGAAAGUCAUCCUUCUAGAUGGUCCGUCCCUGGUUGAUGGACAGUCGACCUGUGAACAUCUAGCCAGUGUGUUUCCCCCAGGCAAGCUCACUGCAGUUUCACCCGAGGAAGCGAGUCGCAAAGCUGCCUUCAUCUGCUUUUCCUCUGGCACAUCUGGUCCUGCCAAGGGCGUUGUCACAACACAUCAGAAUAUGACGGCAAACUUACAGCAAUGGCGAGCAUUGAUGCUCGAUUCAGGGAGCCCGUCACAGCGGGUCGAGCGAAACUCAGCCAUCGCCUUUCUCCCUUUCAGUCACAUUUACGGACUUAAUCUGUUUAUAUGUCAAUGCUUGAUCUGGGGCACACCCGUGAUAGUUAUGUCUAAAUUUGACUUUGACGUGUACCUUGGCUGCAUUGAGAAAUACAAGCCUGGCGAACUCUCCAUCGUGCCUCCCAUCGCGUUGAUGAUGGUGAAAGAUGACCGAAUCGCCAAGUACGAUCUGAGAAGUGUCAAGCGGAUCCUCUCAGCGGCUGCGCCGCUUACAAUCGAGCUUUCAUCUGCGUUGGAAUCUAGGUUCAAGUCGAUUUAUCAAACGGAAGUGUUCUGUCAGCAGUCGUGGGGUCUCACGGAAACAUCUCCUAUGGCAACUGCUUUCCCUAAUGACCGCAUAGAUAAGCGAACAUCUGGAGUCGGCUGUAUCAGUCACAACAUGGAGUUUCGAUUUGUCGACCCUGAUACCAUGUCUGAUGUUGUCACAAACUCAGAUGGAUCAACCCAACCCGGCGAGAUCUGGUGUCGAGGUCCCAACGUGUCUCUGGGCUACUUCAACAACGAGAAAGCGACCGAGGAGGGCUACCACACCGACUCCGAUGGUACCAGCUGGUUCCGAACAGGUGACAUCGGCACCAUUGACCACGAGGGUUACGUAACUAUUCAAGAUCGCAUCAAGGAGAUGAUCAAGUACAAGGGUCUUCAGGUUGUUCCUAGUGAGCUGGAAGGGAAGUUGGUCGAUCAUCCGGAUAUCGAAGAUGCCGGUGUUGUCGGGAUGUGGGUUGAUGAAAGAGCUACUGAACUACCUGUUGCUUUUGUGGUUCUUAGCCGUCAGGCCAUGACACAGGAUGUUGCAGCUGUUCUUGCUGGCAUUCAUUCAUGGCUUAACCCUAAGAUCGCUCAGCAUAAAAGACUUCGCGGGGGCAUUCAUGUUGUGGAUCAGAUUCCUAAGAGUCCUAGCGGGAAGAUUUUGAGGAGGCAGCUUAAGCUUAUGCUGAAAAGCAAUAAGCCGAGAGCUCAAUUGUAA